GUGAAGGUGUGUGUGUGUGUGUGUGUGUGUGUGUGUGUGUGUGUGUGUGUGUGUGUUAUCAAUGUGCGCUCCUCCAGUGGACUCUCGCUGGACUCCAAUGCCCACAACUCUUCCCGUGAUGACGCCGCAGCGCACAACGCGUCUCACGCAACGCUCUGUGUUUUGGAGAACAACGGAAGAUGGCGAGCUCAAACAAUCCGCGAAAAUUCAGCGAGAAAAUCGCCCUGCACAACCAGAAGCAGGCGGAGGAGACCGCGGCGUUUGAGGAGGUCAUGAAAGACCUGAGCAUCACGCGAGCUGCACGGUUGCAGUUACAGAAGACCCAGUAUUUGCAACUAGGCCAGAAUCGAGCUCAGUGCUAUGGAGGGUCACUGCCCAAUGUCAAUCAGAUUGGAAAUAGCAACACUGACCUCCCUUUUCAGGUUCUUUUCCAGACAACGGUUUUAGACACCAGUCGGACAUCACGACAUCAUGGCCUGGUGGACCGCGUGUAUCGUGACAGGAACCGCAACGCUUCUCCGCAUCGUAGACCUCUUUCUGUAGACAAGCAUGGACGUCAGAUUGACAGCUGCCCCUACGGCUCCGUAUAUCUGUCACCACCACCUGACACAAGUUGGAGGAGAACCAACUCUGACUCAGCUCUACACCAGAGCGCUGUGAAUCCAGAUCCACAGGAUACUUUUGUUGGUGGAUCUCAGGAACUACAGUCAAAAGGAGUAAAAACUUUGCUGUUGCUCACCCCUCCAGAUACAGAGGACACUGAAUCAGAGAUGGAGAAAGAUGAGCCCAAAGCAUCUCUGCAUACAGAGUCGUGUGACGUUCCUGGGAUUAACAUAUUUCCAUCUCCUGAUCAGGAAAUGAAUAGUUCUUUGAUGCCAUCUGCUCACAGCACCGGCGGCUCUUUACCUGAUCUGACAAACAUCCAGUUCCCUCCUCCUCUCCCCACCCCACUGGAUCCAGAUGACCCCAUUACCUUCCCUACAUCCAGCUCCAGCAGUACCACCAACCUGACACACUUGGGCAUCAGUGCUGCCAGUCAUGUGCCUCCCUCCCCUCCUGCCCAGCACACUGGGCCUGCCCCUUCACCCAGUAUCAGCCCACAGCCGCCUGCCACCACGCUACCACCUGCCAUCUCACCCCAAAUACCCAUCACACAGCCAAUCACGAUGGACAGCCUGUCACUGGAGCAGCAGUUGUCUCAGUACUCACUGCUGAGUUUACUGAAUGACCUGCAGAAACAGCCGCACACCUUCCCUCAGAACAUCCGUCUCAUACGCCUCCCGCCUCUCACUGUAAGCUCCACCCCCAACACCACCCAGCCCUCUCUUGCCACCCAAUCACAGUCAGCCACAAGCGGAGCUGCCAACUCAUACCGCAGUCAGACAGGCUCUUCAGCCAAUCAGUCACCAACAUCUCCUGUGUCCAAUCAGGGCUUCUCGCCUGGCGGUUCACCACAACAUAUUCAGGUGGUUGGAAGCAUCUUCGGGGAUUCAUUCUAUGAUCAGCAACUUCCAUCCAGACAGACGAAUGCCCUAUCCAACCAGCUGGAGCAGUUCAACAUGAAUAUGAUGGAGAAUCCAGGCGGCUCUAGUCACUGUUCAACGCUGAACUACACACAGGCAGCUAUGAUGGGUUUAACCGGGAGCCACAGCAGUCAGCAGGACAUGCAGCAGCUCGGUUACAGUAGCCAUGGCAACAUCCCCAACAUCAUUCUCACAGUGACGGGAGAAUCUCCGCCCAAUCUCUCCAAAGACCUCACCAGCUCGUUGGCCAGUGUUGGUGACGUCAGCUUUGAUGCAGACUCUCAGUUUCCAUUGGACGAGCUGAAGAUCGACCCCUUAACACUGGACGGACUGCACAUGCUCAACGACCCAGACAUGGUUCUGGCUGACCCGGCCACUGAGGACACGUUCCGCAUGGAUCGACUGUGAACCCUGGAAUGCAAUUCGAAGCGAGACAUUCCGCUGCAUGGCCUCUCUGUUUACCAUCUGGUCAGUGGCCAUUCACGUCCCCCCAACCACCCACGUAACAGCAGGCUGCCAAACCGCUCAUGGCAAGGGGCUGGUGGUGGCGGCGAGGGUGUGGCGGGGGUGGUGGAGGUUGGAAGUGCUGUAUCCACACUGGAUAGUUUCCAAUGCGCAAUACCAUCCACCAUCCACUCUCUUCAUGUAUUCAUGUUUUGUUGUCUUGGUUCAUUCCCAAUGUGAUUUUUUUUAUUCCUUUUAUGUUAUUCAAUCUGAUGAUUUUAUGGAUCAUGUUUAUUGAUUCAUAUUUAUAUUAUUUUUGUAACAUUAAGUGAAGUUUCAUCUGUUUUUUAAAUGUUUGCAUAAUUAUGCCAUAUGUCUUUGAAGAAAUAUUCAUCUGUGUAAUUAUGUGUGUGUGAUCAACAUAUUAUUUAUCAACAUAUUAUUUUAUAUAUAUAUAUAAAAUUUAAUUAUAUUUAUGUAAGGAGCACUACUCCCCCAGAUUGUGUAUCCAGUGUUUAAGGGAGUGUAGUCUCACGUAGCCAGACCUUCAGAGUGACGGCUAAAGGUCUGGAAUUCAUGGCAGCUUUCAUUGGCCAAGGCCCACCCAUGAGGGCGUUUGACCGACAUGUCAAACAACCAAUCACAGUUCGCUUCGUUCACGUUUCGGGGCGUGGAAAUGUCGCCACAACAACAGACCAGUGUGUAAAACUCUCGGAUGUAUUUUAAAGAUUCUAUGCCACAAACUUUAAAUAUUUCACGGUCCGUGGGCUGAGACAAAAGGGAGCGUUGCUCACUGUACACUGGAAGGCAUAAAAUUGGCUUUUACAAAAUGGCUUCCAUUAUUUCGUUUUGCUAGCAUUUUGUAUCAUCCAGACAUCUCAAGAUGUCACAGUUGGUGUAUGGAUAUCAUUCUUGUUUUUUGUUUUUUUAUAUUUGCCUGUGAUUUUCCUUGCAGAAGGACAGCAGUCUCUCGAUAGGAAUAUAACCCAUAAUUUGGUGAUUUGUGAACUGUCAUGUGACUUUCCGUAUGUUUUGCAUAUGUUAUUUAUUCAAAAUGAAGAUCUGUUAUGGCUGUAAUGUAUGCUUCAAUGGUGGUCAGUAAAUAUGUGACCCUAGAGCUGCUGCAGAAACCUGCUGAACACUUCACUGUGAGAGGACCUGAUUUUGCCUUAUAUGAAAAAAAUGCUGUUUUUAACUGUUAACAUGUUUUUCUAAUCGUCUCCAAAGUGUUUUCCUCACGAUACUCUUGUUUUAACAAUGCCAUUUUGUUUAGUGUUGAAUGCUGUAUAGUUUGUACUUGUACUGCCAAACAUAACUCAAGGCUCUGUUGUGAAGCUGAUGUCCAUCAUCUGGCUUGGGGAGAGUAAUGCUCCUUAUUCUGUUUGUCAUUCUCAUGCGUAUGUUCAUGCCCUGUCGCACCUUGAUCAAGUGAUCAAGUUUUUCCUGAGUGCUAUAGGAAGCAAUUAAGGAAUCACUCAUUUACAAUUUAGUGAUGCAGUUGUGAGCUUUAUAUGCAGUGGGGUCCAAAAAAAAAACACAUUAUGGAAUGAAAAUGAUCAAAAACAAAGACAAUUAUGAUGUAACAUGUUGAUUGUGUACAUACUGUCAUUGAAACAAAGGGGACGAUAAGAAAUGCUAAGAAAUUUAGGUGUUUUUUGUUCAAACUGGUAUAUUGAUAAUUAUGGAAGCUUGCCAUGGGAUAAAAAAUAAAAUUUGAAUUUUUAUCAAACAAUUCAUACUUUUAAAAUUAUGAGAUAACAAGAUGCAAUUAACUUCUUUAUUUUUUUUAUUUAGUUGCUAAAAAAACAACAAUUUUUUUUUUAUCCCAUGUCAAAAACAAACUUCCAUCGAUAACAGUUUAGAUUUUUAUUUAAAGUUAAGCAUUGUCAUUUUCAGACUUUUGGACCCCACUGUAUCUAACUUGUCAGUCUAAUAAACAAUAUAUUUAUAAUACUGGGGAUGAAUAGCAAAGUACAGUUUUUGGCAAUUAAACGAAAUAUUUCCUACUAAAGUUUUAGUCAUUUUGGUUGAGCCAGAUAUAUUUUGGUCAUCUGGGUCCUUCAAGGAAAUAAUAACUCUUAAAACUGUGCAAAUCCAAUUUGUGAUUCCUAUGCAAACUAAAAGCAUUAAUCAACCAAACAAUCUGGAAUAUUUCUGGUUGAAUAUGAAUAGUAUUCUUAGGGCUGAGAAACAGGGAUUGGCUCAGAUGGUGCAUACAGUGUAGUUUAUUAGAUGUAACAAAAACCGCAAUACUCACUUAAAUUUUUAUUCCUCAAACUGUGCCAUUCAGAAUAUUUCUCCUGUUGUUUUCAUAUGUUUUCCAUGAGCGUGUUUCUUUCCUGAAAAUAGUGUACAUAAAGCUUAUCACUGGAAUAUGACGACUGCAUGUCAAAAUGAGAAAAAACCUUUAGAACGAGGUCUUCGUUAGCUUUUUGGUAUGAGGUCUUCAAUAGCUUGGCUGAUUCCAGUAAAAAGAUUCACUGCACAUAAAACAAUAUAGACCCCCGAGACACAGUGCAUGUAUUAGUUAAUGCUAGUGGUGUCAUUUUACCACAUCUAUGAUCAUAUUUAGAAACAGAAUGUAUUUGUGGGGCUCCAUGUUAUGAUCUAUACAGUUAGUGCAUUAGUGCAUUACACCAAAUGACCUGCUUGACAAUGCUUGACCAAUGCACUAUUAUUUUUUUGUUUGUUUUUUUUCCUGAUCUGUUAUAUUGCUGUUUUUUUGUUUUAGGUCAUGGUAGCAUUUUUCUGCUCAUCACGAUUGUAGCAUGUUUGAUAUCUUCAGUUGGGUCAUUCCCUUGCCCUGUCGAUUCACUCGGCCCUUGCAUCUUGAGAUUCUGUUUGAAAUCCUGUCAGAAAUCUCGAAGAUAUGGCAGCUUUCAUACUGAUGUAUGUGCAUUUCUUCUAAAUCUUCUGGCUGCUGCUCCUGGAAACUUCAGCUGCGGCUUUGCUCAUGAAACUUGGACUGUUUUACCUUCAGUGAAUGCCGACUGUUCAACCCUGUACAUGCAUUUCCUUCCCAGUUUAUCGUGAAGAUGUUCUUUGUGAACUGUUUUCUGUAUUGCACUGAUAAUUCAGAGUGAAAACAAUUCUGGAAGCGUAUAUGUGACAUCCCAAUGCAGACCGAAAAAAAGGGCUCAGUCUGUUUGUUGCUUUAACAUGUGAAACAUUAGGAGAUGUGGGCAGACUGCAUGUGUUUAUUGGUCAAAUAAUCUGUUGUUGAUGCACAUGCAGCAUGCAGCCAGACUGGAGCGGUUUUAGCUAACAGCACUUAUGUGAAUGUUGGAAUCGUUCAUUUGUGUCCUGAUUAUUUGUGUGAGAGCAAACCCCCUUUAGAGUAAAUUCCCCUUUAAGCCUUAAUAGAACUGCUGAGCAGUUAGUUACCAUGAUUACCAUGUCCGUACCAUUAAGACUAAUAAGGACGUAGCUGACUAGAUGAGAUGUAUUCUUGAUAAACAUAAUGAUAGUCACCCAUAGGAUAGAGCCGAGCAGUAACAACCCUUCCCCUUAAAUCACAACAUUAGCAUAAACUAAGUGCCAUCUACAUUGAUUUCUUUCUGUGAAGAUGAUCUAUUUUCUUUAUUUUGUCAACCGUCAUCUCACUUAAGGCAGGUUUAAUAAGUAUUAGAAGACAUUAUUAAUGUAAACAACCCACUCAUGAGAGUAUUGUUACAGAAUGCGCAUCAAAUCUUUGUGAUCUCUCGUUUUGUGAGCAUAAACAGUGCUCGCUCUUUAUUGGAGUUAACAGUAUAUUAGGGCAUAUAAUUUGUGGUUGUCUAGAGCUUUUAUUGGGUUGGAUAUAUCCAGACGUCCGGUUCUAUAGUCGCUGUGCUGGUGUGGUCAUCUUUGUCCCCUAUUUGUGGUAACUGAUUGUAGAAGGAACUGAUUUUCGUCUUUUCGUCGUUUUGCUGGACCUUUUCCUUUCUCAGAAAAAAAAAAUAUGCUAAAUAUGGAUGUGCAUGAUGUCCCAGCUGCAUAUAUCAGAGCCUUCUUGUUAUAUCAUUUAUAUUUUGUAACCUGUAUUUCUGUACAUGUUUUUAAAAUACAUAUAUACAUAUA